UCACAGGCUGCUACUGUAUAAUUGCCAAAGAUAGAAACUCCAUGCAUGGAACGGUGGGAAAGGUGCGUUUAAUCAGCAUCCCGAGGCCCGCUUUCUUCGUUGCGCCGUUGAUUGAUACGCACAAAACCGCAAAUCUCCUGGGACUAAAAAAUCCAAAAUUUUCACUUUUUUCUCUUGAUAGUUGAUUUUCUCUCUACAGUAUUGCAGAACAAUAAUGGCGGUUCCAGCUGCACUUGCUAUCGUCCCUAUUGGGAUUCUCUUCUUUGUCUCUGGCCUCAUUGUCAAUCUUAUCCAGGCAGUUCUCUUCAUCAUUGUUCGGCCAUUAUCAAAGUGUAUGUAUAGAAGGAUUAAUAAAAUAGUUGCAGAACUGCUGUGGUUGGAGCUCAUAUGGCUCGUUGAUUGGUGGGCUUGUCUGAAGAUUGAAGUGUAUGCAGAUGAUGAAACUUUUGAAUUAAUGGGUAAAGAGCAUGCACUUGUGAUUUGCAAUCACAGGAGCGACAUUGAUUGGCUUGUCGGAUGGAUCUUAGCUCAGUUGCUGCGCUCAGGUUGUCUUGGUAGUGCACUAGCUGUCAUGAAGAAACAAGCAAAAAUGCUCACUAUCAUAGGUUGGUCAAUGUGGUUUUCUGAUUUUCUGUUUCUGGAAAGAAGCUGGGCAAAGGAUGAAACAACAUUGAAGUCAGGUUUUAAGCGGCUAGCAGAUUUUCCUAUUCCUUUUUGGUUGGCUCUUUUUGUGGAAGGAACUCGCUUUAUAGAAGCAAAGCUUCAAGCAGCCCAAGAGUUUGCUGCUUCAAGGGGCUUGCCUGUUCCUAGAAAUGUAUUGCUUCCUCGCACCAAGGGUUUUGUAUCAGCAGUAGCUCAUACGCGCUCAUUUAUUCCAGCAAUUUAUGAUUGCACAGUGGCUGUUCACAAAAAUCAGCCUGCACCUACAAUGCUAAGGAUAUUCAGAGGACAAUCUUCUGUGAUAUUUCUGCAAGUCAAAUGACAUUCGAUGCUGGAACUUCCAGAAACUGCUGAUGGCAUUUCACAAUGGUGCAAAGAUGUAUUUGUGACUAAGGAUGCCAUGUUGGAGAAAUAUGUUACUACGGGCACCUUCAGUGAUCGAAAGCAUCAAGACAUUGGUCGACCAAAAAAAUCUUUGUUGGUUGUAACCUUCUGGUCAGUUCUCCUUAUCUAUAGCAUUGCCAGGUUAUUCCAAUGGCUGUCAUUCCUUGGCUCGUGGGAAAUCAUUUCAUUUGCAGUCACUCUCUUGGUCCUUGUUACAAUUGUUAUGCAAAUUCUGAUUCAAUCAUCUGAGUCAGAGCGUUCUACUCCCCCACCCAAACUCACAUUUCCUGAUCAAACGAAGGAGAGGCUUAUUCUGAAAUAAGCCCAAUUCCUGGACAGUCACAUUCUUAGGUUGCUUGGAAAAUGCAGGGCAGUUUUGUUUGCUUUCAAUUGGCAGAGGUUAGUUAUGCCCUUUAUUUGUUCCUUGGAGAUCCACAUCUACCUCAUAUUGUAGAAAACUUCUGUGCAUAUUGAUUCAUUUUUUCAUUUUCUGUUUUGAUGGUUCUCAUUUGAGCUGCUGUGUCCAGGGUAUUUAUUGGAAAUUGAUUCUGGUAUUUUAAAA